AUGGUUGUUUUCCGUGGUUCUAUUUUAGUUCAAGAAACAUUGGAAACACGUGAGUUUGAAUAAUCCGAUAUAUUGAAUCGAAUAAUCAAACUAUUUUCAGCUGAGGGAUGUUAUUUUCUCUAUUUUGUUGAAAUUCUUGCUUGGAGCACAACUCCUGAUAAAAAGUGUGAAACUUCACAGAGUUUUCUACUCACCUUCACAGUUUUUACUCUUAUUGGUAUUUCUGUAUUGAACUUUUUGACAUUCAUGAAAAUUAUAUUAUUUUAUAAAGUAAGAACGAGAUGAUAUUUUUAAACGGCAUUCAUUGAACAAUUUUUUAGACCAACUCAGGAAACCAGGAUAAAGUAUCUCGUCGAAAAAUUCGUGGCAAUAUCAAGUUAUUUUUCCAAACUCUUCUUCAAGAUUCGUUAUUUCUAAUUGAUCUAACAUCAACUUUCAAAUUAAUUGGACUUUAUUCGAAUAGAAUUUGGACUUUUAUAUGUGGUUCUCUUAUUUGGCAAUGUCUUCAUUCUUUUGAUGGUUUUAUUAUGAUUCUCUUCAAUGGAAGACUUUCAUUCAUCAAAAAGCAUUUAUGGUCAAGCCCUUCAGUUACAAAAAUGACAACUGUUACUAGAACUGGAUUACAGAUGACUGUCGUUCAAUAA